GCGACUGAGGUUCCCAAGUGACCGUAAUUUCCGACUGGCUAUACUCACAACCGGCGAAUUCAAUCUGCUCUUAAAUUCGAAGCAGCGAGGCUCUGUAUAUUGCAAACUUGCCAAGUCCUUCGAUCCUCCUCCAUCGAAGCAUUUUCAAGCUUCAAGAGUGUUCCGCGUGGAGAUACACGUCUCAUGCUCCAUUCUCUGCAAUAUAGUGUACAGAUUUAGCUAAUCGUCAAGUGUGAAGGAGGAAGAUACAUGUGGAUAUCGGUGACGUCUGGCUCAGACGACGCAGCUUAGAGUCUAAAAUGAGUUCACUCGGCACAUCUUGUUCGAGCCCUAUAGGGUCCGGCACUGCUGCACCUGGAGAUCCAUACUGGUUGCAGAACAUCAAACACCAAGGGACAUCUGCCUUCAAUGCAAACCCUAGUGGUUAUCAAGUUUUUAGAAACGUCAAGGAUUUUGGAGCCAAAGGUGACGGUGUGACGGAUGAUACUGUUGCUAUCAACAAUGCGAUAUCGUCAGGAAGUCGUUGCGGGGGAGGACACUGCGCUUCUUCCACCCUUACUCCCGCCGUGGUAUUCUUUCCAAAGGGAACCUAUCUUGUCUCGACUCCGAUUACCCCUUAUUACUAUACACAACUUGUCGGAGACGCGAAGUCGCCACCCACGCUGCUAGCAUCCGCGAGUUUCGAUGGCAUGGCAGUGAUAGAUGCGGACCCUUAUAUUCCUGGUGGUGGUGGUGCACAAUGGUUUACUAACCAGAACAACUUCUUUCGUACUGUCCGCAACUUCGUGAUAGACGUCAGACGUGUUCCUGCUACGAAGUCGCAAGGCACAGGAAUUCAUUGGCAAGUGGCACAAGCUACAAGCUUGUAUAACAUUGUUUUCCAGAUGUCCACCGACGCAAAUACUGCCCAUCAAGGUAUCUGGAUGGAAAACGGAAGCGGAGGUUUCAUGGCAGACCUUGUCUUCAAUGGUGGCAAAUUUGGAAUGUGGGUUGGCAAUCAACAGUUCACGGUUCGCAACGUCACGGUCAACAACGCUAACACCGGUGUCUUCAUGAAUUGGAACUGGGGCUGGACAUUCCAAGGCAUAACUAUCAACAACUGUCAGGUGGGCUUUGACGUCCAGACUGGCGGAACGACCGAAGCUUCACAGACUGCUGGCGCGGAGGCCAUCAUUGACGCUGUCGUCACGAACACUCCGAUCUUUGUUCGUACAACGCAGCCGAGUAACGGUAGACUGGCUGGUUCGAUUGUUCUAAACAACGCCCGGCUAAACAAUGUUCCUACCGCGGUUGGAGUUGUGGGCGGGGGGGUGGUGCUUUCCGGAGGAACGACCACGAUAAAUUCCUGGGGACAAGGAAACAUCUAUUCGGGCUCCAACGGUUCCCCCACAUUUACCCAAAGCAAUAUUCCGGCACCCAGUAAACCCUCAGUACUACUCGACGGAGCGGGACGUAUCUUUGGAAAGACUCGUCCACAAUAUGAAUCUUAUGCGGUUUCUCAAUUUGUGAGCGUUAAAGAUAAUGGAGCCAAAGGAGAUGGAAGAACGGACGAUACUGCUGCAUUACAAGCCAUUUUCAAUAAGUUUUCUGGCUGCAAGAUAAUCUUCUUUGACGCUGGAACUUAUGUCGUCACUUCUACCCUUACCAUACCUGCGGGCACUCAAAUGGUCGGAGAAGCUUGGUCGGUCAUCUCUGGGCGUGGUUCCGCCUUCCAGGACAUCAAUAAUCCCCAAGUUGUGGUGCGGGUAGGCCAGUCAAAUUCGCAAGGAAUCGUCGAAAUUUCCGAUAUGUUAUUUUCCACGAUGGGACCAGCUCCUGGUGCUAUCGUCGUGGAGUGGAAUGUUAAGCAGCCUUCCGGGGUCAACGGUGGAGCUGGAAUGUGGGAUUCUCAUAUCAGACUUGGGGGAGCUGCUGGUACUAACCUAGAAACGAACUGCCCAUCGAGUGGUUCCGGAGGUUUCAAUAACUGUUUCGCGGCAUACCUUGGUCUGCACCUCACCCCUGCGUCGACUGCUUACCUUGAGGGAACCUGGGUUUGGCUUGCUGACCACGACCUCGAUGGCAAUGGCUCGGGCCAGAUUUCAAUCUAUGGCGGUCGUGGGAUCUUGUCUGAAUCGGCUGGACCUGUUUGGAUGAUCGGGACUGCUUCGGAACACUUCACUCUUUAUGAGUACCAGCUAGUCAACGCUAGAAAUCACUACAUGGGAUUGAUUCAAACGGAAACACCCUACUAUCAACCAAACCCCGCGCCCCCUUCACCGUUCCCAAUCAAUUCUGCAUUGAAUGACCCAACCAGUUUUGACGGUGGGGCUUGGAGUCUACGCAUUAUCAGCUCCAGCGACAUCCUCAUAUUCGGUGCCGGCUUCUAUAGCUUCUUCCGGAACUAUGCGCAAACAUGUCUCGACACGAUAAGUUGUCAGAAUCAGAUCGCCACAGUAGACACCGCCUCCAGUAACGUUCAUAUCUACAGCUUAUCGACUGUAGGGACGACCUUCCAGAUCAGUCUGAACCAGGGAGGAGUUGUGAACCAGAAGAACAAUGCCAAUGGAUUCGCGCAAACUGUCACACACUGGAGCCCGUAAACACGACCACGGUGUCAACGGUGUUUCACCCCGUUAUGUAUGGGGACGUUGUCAUUAGUGUACUUAGCUUAACUCUGGAUUUUCUUCGCUUUGGGCUACAAUGUAACAUGUACGAUGUUUUCUUGCCAACUAUAUCAUUUCAAAAUCACAGUGCAC